AAUCCGUUAAAAGUGUCAAUUGGAUUAAAAGUUUAACUUUUUGCUCUUCUCUCCACUCAUGGAUUUUCCAGAACGGACGACGUUUUAAGACGUUUUCAUACAUAAUAUCUGCAUACUUGGUGUGUAAGUGCAUAAGUAAAAAGUGUAAGUGCAUGGUAGCAUGGAUUGGGUUUGGUGAUUCGAGUAAAGCAAAAAUAGACAGGAAGUGCCAAGCUGCUCUGGUUCUGAGAUCCGGUCCGAUUUCACGGUUCCUUGCCUGACUGAAUCUACUAUAACAUGAGGAGAACCCCUCAUUUCUUCAAGUUUUGAGUGAAAUAUCUCAAAACUAGGAGAAGAAGAAGAAGACGAAGAAUUACUUGGUUUGGUUUGGUUUGGUGGAUCACUUAUACUUUUGAGAUAGACGAGAGAAUAUAAAAAAUACGAAAAACUCAGCAAAAAACAACCCUUCCUUACUUAUGUACUUUGUAGAUAGAUUUUAUUUCUAUACUCAUACAUAAAAGCAACUCUGGACAGAUUUUGUUGGGUGGGAUGGUGGGAUUUCUGGAAUAUUAUUCAUCUUCUUUCAUAUGAAGACAAAUUUUUAUAACCGGUUGUGCAAAAUAAAAUUAUAAAGUUCACAACAACCCCUCUUCCGAAUAAAUAAGUGCAACGUGAUGAUUCAAUAAUAACAAUAUUGACAUUUGACUUGAGUCAUAAAUGUUAAAUAAGCCGAUCGAUCUGUUACAUAUAAGAUCUCACUUCUUUGUGGUUUAAGGUUGUUAUUAAGAAGAAAAAAGGUGAUGUGAUAUUAAGAGUUGUGCCAGAAUCUGAAUCUGUCCUGCUUAAGAAAAGCUUAAAUAUCUGUUCAACCACAAGUAGUAAAUAUGUGUAAUAGAAUUUUCAUGGAAUGCAAAUGACUCACUUUAAUUAAAGGAGAGGACGAGACACAUAAUUUGUUCAAAUAUUUGACCAAGUCUGGUUGUGAAUUGUAAACGAUACGCACAUUAAUAAACAAGUGAAUUCAUAGUAAAACCUACGGCAAAAUUUGUGAAAUUAGACAGAGCUACAUACACAAUGUCAAGUGGGAGGCCGAUUAAAUGUGUAGUUGUGGGGGACGGAACCGUCGGUAAAACUUGCAUGUUAAUUAGUUAUACUACCGACAGCUUCCCCGGUGAAUAUGUGCCUACUGUAUUUGAUAACUACUCAGCUCCAAUGGUCGUGGAUUCCAUUCCAGUGAGUUUAGGGCUGUGGGAUACCGCUGGACAGGAAGACUACGACCGAUUAAGACCGCUAUCUUAUCCUCAGACGGACGUGUUCCUCGUCUGUUUUUCAAUUGUGAGUCCUUCCUCGUAUGAAAAUGUGACGUCUAAAUGGUACCCAGAGAUUAAGCAUCACUGCCCCGACGCUCCUAUUCUUCUCAUCGGAACAAAACUCGACUUGAGAGACGACAAGGAAGCCCUGCAACAAUUAAGUGAACAAGGACUCACCCCCGUCAAAAGGGAACAAGGACAACGUUUAGCCAAUAAAAUCCGUGCCGUCAAGUAUCUCGAAUGUUCUGCCUUGACGCAGCGUGGAUUGAGACAGGUUUUUGAUGAAGCUGUUCGAUCUGUGUUACGACCUGAACCUCAACGUAGGCGUCAAGGUAAUUGCAUCGUGCUCUAAAAAAUUGUUAAAAUGUGCGUCCAUCUACACUUACUUAUUUUUUGAGGGACAUGAAUUUUAAAAAUUUCCUUAUUUUUCAACACUGAACAAUAAUGCAAUAUUGAUAAAAAGAGAUGAUGGAAAAAUGAUAAACCAAAUUAUAACUAUUACGUCAGAGUCAAUGAUAAGCUACGAUCUUGUUUGAUAAGUACAGAAGAGUUACCCAACGAGCCAGUCAAAUUAUGUCAGUAAAAUAAAUUACAUACACCACAAAGGAAAAAGUUACCAUUUUUUGCCAGUCUUUUUGCUAGUUAAAUAGAUAUUCAGGUUGUUGUUAAAGUUUUUUGACUUGAUAAAAUUCAUGAGAUCGUCAAUUCAAUGAAUUCCAGUCUGCAUACAAGUAAAUGUCCAAAAAUUAAUUGUUAAUUAAUCACAAGAUUUUUUACGCAAUUUACUUCUGCUUUUAUUUAGGAGAAUUUUACAGGAUUUUACUGGAAAAAAAUGUUUGAGUAAAUAUUUUGCCAAGUUUUUUAAAUAUUAAAAAUAUGUCUUAUCAUCACGGACAUAGAUGAACAAAGUGGUGGUUUGAUAACUUAUUACAGUAAUUAUUUUGUUCAAAAAGCUGCAUUUUUAUGUUGAAUACACAGAUACUAGUCAAGUCAGCUACUACUAUGUUACAUAUUUAAUUGGUAAAAGAACAUGCGUUUUUUAAAGAAAUUUUGUAAUUAAGUUUAUGCAUGAGUUUUAAAAAUAAUAAGGAAACAAAUGUGAAUAAAGUAUUUGAUGCUGUUGCAUAAUUUUGGA